AUGAGCUCAUUCAACAUCAAGGCGGGGCCCGGAACUGACAUCUGGCGCAAGCCGCCCACCAAGGAUAUUUUCAACGCUCCAACCCACGCACCCGCAGGCACCAAGACCACCGCGCCGCUCUCCACUUUCAAGUCUGCGCAGGUCAGCUUCACCUUUAAGCCGACGGAGCAGUACGACCAGGGCGGCGUCGUGCUGUCCCUUAACCCACCCGAGGGCAACGGCAGCUCGUCCUCGCCCAAGAAGUGGGUCAAGUCGGGCGUGGAGCUGCUGGACGGAACACCGGUGCUCGGCACGGUGGCCUGCGACACGUGGGCCGAUUGGUCGCUCAGCCCAGCGGCCGUCAAGCCCGAUGGCAAGACGGUGGACGCGACCAUACUGCUCCAGAAGGAGGGCGACGAGAAUGGCGUCAGCCUCUGGGUCUACAGCGUCGGUGCCGAUGGGGUUAAGAGGCCACUCAGGGAGGUCUGCUGGGUCUUUGCCGAUGAUAUGCAGAAGUGGGAAGUCAAGGUCGAGGCUUAUGCUGCUAGGCCGGCAAAGGGCACAGCGGACGAGUUGGGGGUGGAGUUUGGCGGGUUGGAGGUCACGUGGAGCGAGUAA